CGUGACCUCUCCUAAACGGUUGUCAUAUGAUUUUCAGCUUGUUUUCCAACAUGGCGGCCAGGCACGAAUGUCUGUCUGUUGGUCUCCUUUUAAUUUUCAGUGGGGUUUUAAGUUUUCCUGUCGGCCAGGACACAAAACAAAGCGCCACUUGUGGAUACGAGUCAUGUCAUGCCACCAAACCCAACAUGCUAAAUGUCCACCUGGUCCCUCACACACACGACGACGUGGGCUGGCUCAAGACCGUCGACCAGUACUACUAUGGAGACCGUAAUGACAUCCAGCAUGCGGGGGUGCAGUACAUCCUGGACUCGGUGGUGGAUCAGUUGUUGAAGAAUCCAGACAGGAGGUUUAUCUAUGUGGAGACAGCCUUCUUCUACCGCUGGUGGAAACAGCAGAGCUCUGGCAUGCAGCAGACAGUCAAACAGCUUGUCAAUGAAGGCCGCCUGGAGUUUGUGAAUGGAGGUUGGUGCAUGAGCGAUGAAGCCACCACUCACUACAGUGCUGUUAUUGACCAGAUGACUAUGGGCCUGAGGUUCCUCAAUGAGACAUUUGGGCCUUGUGGUCGUCCUCGAGUUGCCUGGCAUAUUGACCCCUUUGGCCACGCCCGUGAACAUGCCUCUAUGUUUGCACAGAUGGGAUAUGAUGGCUUGUUCUUUGGUCGUCUGGACUACCAGGACCGGGAUCGCAGAAUGAAGGACAAGGAGCAGGAGCUGCUGUGGAGGGCGUCAGACACCCUCACACCCCCGAUGGCUGACCUUUUCACCGGGAUCCUUCCCAACGGUUAUAACCCUCCAGAGGGCUUCUGUUGGGACCAGUCCUGCAGUGACCCACCAAUCAGAGAUGACCCUGACCUGGAGGACUACAAUGUUGAUGAUGUGGUGAAGCGCUUCCUCGCCAUCGCCAGUAGUCAGGCUAAAGUGUAUAAGACCAAUCACAUAAUCAUGACCAUGGGCUCAGAUUUCCAGUAUGAGAAUGCCAACCUGUGGUACAAGAACCUGGACAAGCUGAUCCACUACGUCAACGCCCAGCAGACAAAUGGCAGCAGAGUCAACGUGCUCUACUCAACGCCCUCCUGUUAUCUCCAAGAGCUGCACAGAGCAAACCUCUCCUGGGCUUUGAAGACAGAUGACUUCUUCCCCUAUGCAGACAAUGCUCAUCAUUUCUGGACCGGCUACUUUACCAGCCGCCCGGCACUGAAACGUUACGAGAGGAUCAGUAACAGCAAUCUGCAGGCAUGUAACCAGUUAGAGGUACUUGGUGGUCCGGGUUCCAGGAGGGGACUCUUUGGAGAGGGCGACAGCCAGACCAUGAAGAAAGCCAUGGCUGUGGCUCAGCACCAUGACGCUGUGUCCGGCACGGAGAAGCAACAUGUAGCGAACGACUAUGCCAGGAAGCUAGCUAACGGCUGGCAACGUUGUCAGGUUUUGGUCAGUAACAGUUUAGCGGCUCUGACCGGCGUGUCUGCUGAGCGGAUCUACUGUGACAACCUCAACAUCAGUGUGUGUCCUCUCACUGAGUCCAGCAAAAAGUUCUCAGUCAAUGUGUACAACCCUCUUGCUCGGCCUGUCACUUGGCCGGUCAGUCUGCCAGUGAAUGGAUCUGCAUACACUGUAUCUGAUGCUCAAGGCAAAUCUGUGGACUGCCAGGUGGUUCCGGUGUCCCAAGCCACUCAGAACGUGAGGAGGAGUCAGGGCUUCGCUAUCAACGAGCUGGUGUUCCAGGUUCAGGCUCCUCCUCUGGGCUACACCACCUACUCCGUGUCCCUGCGUCAGGACGGGCCUCCACCUGCCGCCACACAUCACCGCACGCCCACAGUGAUCCAGAACAAGUUUUUAAAAGUGACCUUCGACCCCGACACCAACCUCUUGAGCAGCCUCAGCAACCUGGAGACAAAACAAACCAUCAAACUGGCACAGAAUUUCUAUUGGUACAACGCCAGUGAUGGUAACAACGUGGACAGUAAGCAGCCCUCGGGAGCGUACAUCUUCAGACCCAACUCGUCCACGCCUUUCAUUAUCAGCAGGACGGCGAAGACAGAGACUGUCCAGACCUCAGUGAUGCAGGAGGUGAGGCAGUGGUUCGCUCCCUGGGUGUCUCAGGUUGUCCGACUCUACACUGACAGCAGAGAUCUGGAGCUGGAGUGGACAGUGGGACCACUGCCUAUAGAUGACAACUUGGGGAAGGAGGUGAUCACUCGUCUAGACACCAGUAUCAAAACCUCGGAAAUGUUCUACACUGACUCCAAUGGAAGAGAAGUGCUGCAGAGAAAGAAAGACUUCCGGCCCACAUGGCACCUAAAGCAGUCGGAGCCCAUCGCUGGAAACUACUACCCAAUCAACUCCCGUGCUUUUAUCAAGGAUGAUGAAGAUCAACUCACUGUGGUGACUGACCGCUCUCAAGGAGGAGGAAGCAUCCAGAACGGCUCUUUGGAGAUCAUGCUCCAUCGCCGGCUCCUGUACGAUGACGUUCGCGGUGUUGCCGAACCUCUCAAUGAAACCUCCAGCAUCUUCCCAGAUGGGCUGGUAGUGCGCGGCCGCCUCCUACUCUCCCUGGACCGCCCUUCCACCGCUGCUGACACACACCGCCCCCUAGCAGAACAGGUGGUACUGCAGCCCCUACUGACAUUCACUGAUGGAGGGCUGAACCCAAACACUCAACUGGAGUUCUCAGGGCUUCAAGCUGCACUGCCCCCUGCUGUUCACCUGCUGACACUGACACAGUGGGACAAGGACUCGGUGCUGCUGAGACUGGAGCACCAGUUUCAGAGCUGGGAGAGCAAACUGAACUCACAGCCUGUCACCAUCAACCUGCAGAAGCUGUUUUCCACUCUGGAUGUGCUGGGCGUGUCUGAGCUGAACCUGUCAGCCAAUCAGUGGAAAGACGAGAUGACGCGUUUUGACUGGACGCCACAGACAGAUCAGAAACCCCUGCUGAAGAUGGUCAGAGAGCCUUCUGUAUGGGAGGUGACACUGAGGCCGAUGGAGAUCAGAACCUUCCUGCUCAGGGUCAGCCUCAAAUAGGCAAUCACGUCCUUCAGAUGUUCCAAGAAGUCACAAGUGAACAAGCAGUAUCAAUCAAAGUUCCUCCUGCUUGGCUUUGAUUAGACUAGGUGAGGACUGUUUCUGGAAAUUGUACAGGCAUUAGAACAGAUGAAGUGUUCACUUUACAAAGAAUGAUAGGCUGUGUUCACACUGCUUGCAGCUUGAUUUUGUGUGUGUGAACACAGAGGUAAACAACACUGAAUCAGGUCAGCACCGUGGCCAGACGCACCAGGCUGUGAAUCCAGAAACAUGUUAAGAUCAGGUCUGUUUUACUAAGACAUGUUUUUGCAAACCUAGAGACACCGAGUGACUGAACAAGUUUGUCCUUUGAGGCCACAAUCUGCUGAGCCUGUCUUUUUACUAAUGAUCAAAAAUCUAUAGAGCUACCCUCUAAAACUGACUUUGGAACAUUCCUCAGCCUGGAAACCGACUUUGUUAUAGAUUGUUUUUCAGCACAUUCACCGUUCCCAACCUGACAAACCCCAACAAACUGUUGCCAACAUAAACUCCCUGAUGUGUGCAAUAAGUGUGACCGUUGUAUUUGUACAAACAUGUACACACUUUGAAAGUGAUGUUAUACUGAUCAUAAAGCUGAUAAUAAAAUCUGUCAUUCUUAA